AUGGUUUCAGACGAGGAAAUAUUGGCAAGCCUUCCUGAUAAGGUGGCAGAGCCUCCACUUGGCCAGACAGGAUUCCCUGGUUACCUGACUGACAGUGAGAAAUCGGCUGUUGAACAGCUCAGAACUCUACUAGAGGCUGAGGGUUACACGCUUAGACUCGAUGAGCCAAGUUUGCUCAGAUUUUUGAGAGCCAGAAAGUUUGAUGUGAUGAAGGCCAAGGAGAUGUUUAUCAAUUGCGAGAAAUGGAGAAAGGAGUUUGGAACAGAUACCAUAUUGGAGGAUUUCAAGUACGAGGAAAAGCCAUUGGUUGCCAAGUAUUAUCCACAAUACUACCACAAGACCGACAAGGAUGGAAGGCCGCUUUACAUUGAAGAGCUAGGGUCUGUGAACCUCACUGAAAUGUACAAAAUUACCACUCAAGAACGCAUGUUGAAAAACCUUGUUUGGGAAUACGAGUCGUUUGUCAGAUAUAGACUGCCUGCAUGCUCUAGAAAAGCUGGUGUUCUGGUUGAAACAUCGUGCACAAUUUUGGAUCUGAAAGGAAUAUCGAUCUCUGCCGCAUCCCAAGUGCUUUCAUAUGUGAGAGAAGCAUCCAAGAUUGGUCAGGAUUACUACCCAGAAAGAAUGGGUAAGUUCUAUCUGAUCAACUCUCCAUUUGGAUUCUCCACGGUGUUCAAGCUCUUCAAGCCAUUUUUGGAUCCAGUUACUGUUUCCAAGAUUUUCAUCUUGGGUGCCAGCUACCAGAAAGAGUUACUCAAACAGAUCCCUGAGGAAAACCUGCCGGUUAAAUUCGGAGGAAAAAGUGAAGUCAGCGAGGCUGAGGGUGGAUUACUGUUGUCUGACGUUGGACCAUGGAGAGAACCUGAAUACAUUGGCCCCGAAGGUGAGGCACCAAGAGCAUUCAAGGUUUGA